AUGCCUGUUCAGACGACCAUUGCCAAGGUGACUUCGGUCGCCUUGAGAAUAUCCGCCAUAUUAUUCUUCAGAUUUGCCCACUUUCCCUCCAUUACCUUUGCGCUUUUUGUAAUCUACAUUCCCGCUUAUUUCGCUAGCUAUAGAACUGGUCCGGCUCUUGAAAUCGUUGAUGAUGAAGUCGACGUUACUGUGAAGCAGACAACGAUUACAUCAGAAACACCCUUGCUCUCCGAAACUGGCCAGCCGCCGGAACCAGAGGUAGCCCUGGAAGUCGAGGUUCAGGAGACAAUCGUACUCGGCGAGAAAAGAGAACCGCCCUGGAAGGUGCUGCUUUACGGACACCCCAGUGCUACUCAACCAAAAUUGUCUAUUAUCACCCUUCUCAUCAACGUUGUUCUUGCGCUAUUGACUGCUGAUGCACUAUUCCGCGCCCGUUGGUAUUACUCUUCUGAAGACCUCUCGUUCGUUCGUCUGGGAUACGUUUCGCCCAGUGAAGCCAACUUCCUCAUCCGCGAGCCAGACCAAGCCAAGCUGCCUGUCACCUUGCAAAUACGAGCCAAGACAUCCGAGACAUCUGUCGAUGCGCCAGCCUGGUCUAAUGCCGCCGACAUACAGCUCACAACCAAUGAAACCGACUUCACACAGGCUAUUACUGUCUCUUUGACGUACUCUGAGCAACGAUGGUAUGAUUGGAGAACGUCAAACAACCAUUCCGGCGAAUUCCUCAGCCCUCCUAAGCCCGGAAGCAUGCCGACGGUCAAUAAUGGGAAGUUCACAUUUCUCUCAACUUCCUGCAUUCUCCCCCAUUUCCCUUACAACCCAAUGGACCAUGCAUUAGCUAUUCCUGGACUCCGUCAUCUAGCCAGGAAGCUUCCCGACUUAGGUGCCCAAUUCAUGCUCUUUUUAGGUGACUUCAUCUACGUGGAUGUUCCGGAACGCUUCGGCAAGUCAGCCGAGGAAUAUCGUAUGCAAUACCGACAAGUCUACGCAUCCCCUGACUGGGCACCUGUCGCGCAAAACUUGAGCUGGAUUCAUGUACUUGAUGACCACGAAAUCUCCAACGACUGGUCCUCCAACACUACCGGAAUUUACAGCGCUGCCGUUGGCCCGUGGCACACCUACCAAGCCAGCGUUAACCCUCCAAAAGCUGUUCAGGCCGGUACUAAAAGCACACGUCGUCAGGAUGCCACUUGGUACGAGUUCGUCCAAGGGCCCGUCAGUUUCUUCAUGCUAGACACCAGAAGCUACCGCUCCAGCAACAACGCUCCAUUCGAAGAAGAGAGUAAAACCAUGCUCGGCCAAGAUCAGUUGGCGGACUUUUUGGCCUGGUUGGACCGUCCGGAACCCGAGGGAGUCAAGUGGAAGUUUGUGGCUUCGUCCGUCCCGUUCACCAAGAAUUGGCCAGUGAAUGUCAAGGACACUUGGGGCGGCUUUCUGUUUGAACGGCGGAAGAUUCUCGAAGCCAUGUGGGAUGCUGGGGCUCGCGGUACAUCUGUCGUAAUUCUCUCUGGAGACCGUCAUGAAUUUGCCGCGACCAAAUUCCCACCGCCUCCCGAGUCGAAAUGGCCCGAAUCGGCUGCGGCGCACGAAUUCUCCACGAGUCCUCUGAAUCAAUUUGCGUCACCAUUUCCAACAUAUAAGCAAGUUGAUAGCGAGGAUGUCAAGUUGCAGUAA